GCAGUUGACUGCAGUGCAAAAUGAAGAGCUCGGGCUCCUCCAUCUCAGACGAUGAUGAUGCAUUGUUUAAUGAAACAUCAACCAUAGGGCGAUCCGUAGUCUGUGUGAUCCUGGGCCUGUCGUUCCUGGUGGGGGUCCCAGGGAACCUGCUGGUGAUCUGGACCAUCCUGAGGCAUGUCCAGCAGCGCUCCCACACCGUGGUGCUCAUCCUCCACCUGGCUGCUGCAGACCUGCUGGUGCUCAUCACCCUGCCCCUGUGGAUCUACUCCCUGGCCCGCUCCUGGGUGUUUGGGGAGGCAUCCUGUAAGGCCAUGGUGUACAUCAUCAACACCUGCAUGUACAGCAGCGUCUUCCUCAUCACCCUCAUGAGCGUCGAGCGCUUCCUUGUCAUCCGGUACCCGUUCAAGAUGUUGCGUUGGAAGACCAAGGCCAUUAUGGACAAGGCUCUAGUGGCUAUCUGGGUUCUGGCUUUCCUUUUAGGGAUCCCAUCCAUUCUUACCAGCUCUAUGGAUGAGAUCAAUGGGACUGAGCAGUGUCUUUUCAAGGAGUACAGCUCAGUGGCCCAAGAGGUGGUGUUCUUAUGCCUGGAGACCUUGGUGGGCUUUGUGGUCCCCUUCUCCACUCUGGCUGUCUGUUACUGUCUAGUAGCAACACACCUGAGGACAAUGCAUUUCGGCAGCAGCAAACAGAAGUCGACAGUUCUGAUCAGUAGUGUGGUGGUAGCCUUCGUUCUCUGCUGGCUUCCUCACCAUGUCCUCAACACUGUAGACCUAGUCAGCAUCCUGGCAGAGGAUCCAGAUGAUGCUGUGCCUGUUUCAGUGGCCCAGACUGCAAUAGUGUUUAUCUCUGGAGCGCUGGCCUUCAUUAGUAGCUCUGUGAACCCUGUGUUCUAUUCCUUCGCUGCAAGAAACUUCCAGGGUAGUCUCCAGGAGUCCCGCAUGGUCAGGCUGUUCCAGGAACUCUCCUCACACACCUCCUCCAAGCUAAGGGGAUCUGGCAACACAAUAGGAUCUGGCAACACAAUAGGAUCGGAAAACACAAUGUCCUCAGUAAGGCCAGACUGCAACAAUACCACAGACAUAACUACCAUGUAGGACUACAGAGAUGGUGGCGCUGGAUAAGAGCAUUCUGGAUAAGUCGUUCUGGAUAAGAGUGGCUGCUAAAUGACUCAAAUGUCAAAUGAAAACUGUGACCUGAUCAUUGAUUCAGAUGUCAGCAUUGAUGAGAAAUAAAUAUGUCUAGAAUCUAGAAGUUUGAUUAACAGUUGUAUUUUUAUGAUAAUGGUACAAAAUGUAGAUAUUGUUGUGUUCCUUGUGAAAUACGGUGAGAAAAGCUCACACAAGUAAUUCAAUUGUGACUAUUUCAACACAAUAAAGCUAUUGCAUUUGCUCAUAAAGUGGUAUUUUUUAAAUAACAUUUAUUCAUGGUCAUGUUACAAUUCCUUGAAUAUUAUUUGAUUGAACCUUUAUUUUGUAUUUACAUUCAUGUUACAUAAAAUAACACACUGCCUUACUCUAUUUGAUCACAAUAAAGACAUAUCAUCUGA